GUGUAGGAGGGGUUUGGGUUAGUAUGUAACAAUGAUUUCACUCGACACAAUAAACACAUAUUAUGGUUAAUGUAGCACCCCAAUGUGCCCAAUCAGUUGGUAAACACAUGAUAAUAAAUCAAAAAUGACAAAAAUUAUUUUUUGCUAAAAUGGCAUUUAAUGGAUUUAAAUAGUUGGGAUGAAUUUGGUGUUGUGUUGACCAUUUUGGGAUUAUAUGAGGAAUCUAAUACAGAUUAGUACGUUUUUGAUUAUUUAAAUAGUAAUUUUUGUUAUAAUCCAUAUUAAUUUUUAAAUUUUGGCCAUAAGUUUAUACCGAAUCUAUUAAUUGAUCUAAAUAUUAUAAUCUUUUUACCACAAUUUAGAUCAUUAAUAGUUAUAAUAUUUAUUAAGCUCAUUCUUUAUAUUAUUCCAUUUAAUAUUUGAGAACAAUGUUAACCAUUUAUAAGCAUUUAAUAUUUAUUAUUUUAAUAUGUUUUAAUAAAUUUGUUUUUUCUGCCGACAAUGCCAUUAACUUAAAAGAUCUAGACAAUGAUCCUGGGCUAGUUAAUACUUCAGGAAAGAAAGGGCCUGUACAGACUGUUAAAGCUAUUCCGGUAUCAAGAAAUAAAUAUAAAACUGUCAAAGACGGAGAUAAAAUCAUAUAUCAAUGUUCUGGUGAUAGUGAAGGAAUUGAUUCUGUUUCAGUCACACAAUUUUAUGAUAAAUUUAGACUAAUGUAUAUAUCACUUACCACUGCCGAUUACUACGUAACUGAAAGUCUUUUCUUUGUCCAAUGUAUGAGUGAUUGGCAUUUAAUUGACCAGGAUAUUCAUGAUAUUCUUUCUGAUGCAUGUCUUAAUGAACGUAAUUUGGAAAUUGUUGACUUUGAUAAUGAUGGAUCAUACAUAGUAGAUGAGCAUAAUCUUCAUGGAUUAAAGGGAACUGGAUUUAUACCGAAAGACGAAGUUCAAGUAGUCGGAGUUUUCCAUAAAGGAAAGCCCAUUUGGACCGCUAAAGAUCAGUCAAAUAAAUGCACAUCUGUUAUAGUACAUGGGGAACUUCAAUUAACAACACUUGUCAACGUUAAUGUUAUUUUCCAAACUGAUGAGGAAUUGAGUUCGGAUGGUGAGGAACAACAACAACCUUAUCAAAGUGAAUCUGAAAAGGGUCAAGAACCUGAACAAAAACAACCAGAUCUACCUAAGUUACUUGAAAAAUUGGAAGUACAAAAAAACGAAAAAUUAGAAGAAUUGAAAAAAAAAUUAAAACAAGAAUCAAAAACAUUAGAACCGGGUCAAGAUCUAUGUCUUAUGUCUUAUCCUACAAUAUUAAGAUCAAUAUUUGAUGAUGAAGAAAAUGAAGAACAAAAGUCUCAAGAAGCAACUUCUACUGGAUUGAAAGAAACUGAAUUAGAAAAUCAGCUAUUUUACGAAUACAUUGAUGAAAAAUGGACUAAAGUAUCCAAAAGUAAAUUUUACUCAAGGUUGAAUGAGUUAGAUACUGAAAUGAUGGCACAAUCAAAGGAAGAAGAAGCCACAGAGUGAAAUAAUAGGAAAAUAAAUCUUGAAGCAUAACGCAUAAUAUUAAUUUAAAUAAA